CCGGAGCGAGUUCGGUCCUGGCGUUCAUUUCAUUCCUGUCCUCAUUCCGAACAUUCUUAGCAUCGCUCGCGCCGCGCCGCGCCGCCCGAGCCGAGCCGAGCCUCUGCAGCCGCCGCCGCGGCCCCGCCGCCCGCCGCGGGCGCCCACCAAGCACUUUGCAGACUCGCUUCCACCCUGCGGGCCGGUCCGCGCGGCGGGGCCCGGGCCCGGGGCGGCCGCGUCCGGGGACAGGCCAUGCAGUGAAACCCCCCCACCCCGUCCGCCUUUGCCCGGAGCCGCGGGCAGCAGCCCAGUGCGCCCAGCCGGCCCCGGGGCAGGAGCGGUGCUAGGCAGGGGUGGGGUGGCCCGGCCCGGGGACCGGGAGCCGGGGAGGGAGCCGGGCACCGAGCUGCGGGCGGGGGAACCGGCGCCGAAGUUUGCCUCGGACUCGCCGGGCGCUGCGGCGGCUCCCUUCGCCGAGGUUUAUUUUCUUGAAAAGGCUCCAGGCUCCGGCUUGGAAAAUCCAACCGCCAAAAUUGAGCCCAGCAGCUGGAGCGGCAGUGAGAGCCCUGCCGAAAACAUGGAAAGGAUGAGCGACUCUGCAGAUAAGCCGAUUGACAAUGAUGCGGAAGGGGUCUGGAGCCCUGACAUUGAGCAGAGCUUUCAGGAAGCCUUGGCUAUCUAUCCGCCAUGUGGGAGGAGGAAAAUCAUCUUAUCAGACGAAGGCAAGAUGUAUGGUAGGAAUGAAUUGAUAGCCAGAUACAUCAAACUCAGGACAGGCAAGACGAGGACCAGAAAACAGGUGUCUAGUCAUAUACAGGUCUUAGCAAGAAAGAAAGUUCGAGAAAUUCAAGCCGCCAUUAAGGUGUCUAGUCACAUUCAGGUUCUUGCCAGAAGGAAAUCUCGUGAUUUUCAUUCCAAGCUAAAGGAUCAGACUGCCAAGGAUAAGGCCCUGCAGCACAUGGCCGCCAUGUCGUCAGCACAGAUCGUCUCGGCCACCGCCAUUCACAACAAGCUGGGGCUGCCUGGGAUUCCACGCCCCGCCUUCCCGGGGGCGCCGGGGUUCUGGCCAGGAAUGAUACAAACAGGGCAGCCGGGAUCCUCACAAGACGUCAAGCCCUUCGUGCAGCAGGCCUACCCCAUCCAGCCAGCGGUCACAGCCCCCAUUCCAGGUUUUGAGCCUGCGUCAGCCCCAGCUCCCUCAGUCCCAGCUUGGCAGGGCCGCUCCAUCGGCACAACCAAACUUCGCCUGGUGGAAUUCUCAGCCUUCCUCGAACAGCAGCGAGACCCAGACUCGUACAACAAACACCUCUUCGUGCACAUUGGGCAUGCCAACCAUUCUUACAGUGACCCAUUGCUCGAAUCAGUGGACAUUCGUCAGAUUUAUGACAAAUUUCCUGAAAAGAAAGGUGGCUUAAAGGAACUGUUUGGAAAAGGCCCCCAAAAUGCCUUCUUCCUCGUAAAAUUCUGGGCCGACCUAAACUGCAAUAUUCAGGAUGACGCUGGGGCCUUUUAUGGUGUCACCAGUCAGUAUGAGAGUUCUGAAAAUAUGACAGUCACCUGUUCCACCAAAGUGUGCUCCUUUGGGAAGCAAGUAGUAGAAAAAGUAGAGACGGAGUAUGCGAGGUUUGAGAAUGGCCGAUUUGUGUACCGGAUAAACCGCUCCCCGAUGUGUGAAUAUAUGAUUAACUUCAUCCACAAGCUCAAACACUUACCAGAGAAAUAUAUGAUGAACAGUGUUUUGGAAAACUUCACAAUUUUAUUGGUGGUAACAAACAGGGAUACACAAGAAACUCUUCUCUGCAUGGCCUGUGUAUUUGAAGUUUCAAAUAGUGAACAUGGAGCACAACAUCAUAUUUACAGGCUUGUAAAAGACUGAACAUGGUUAUUUAUAUAUAUAGACAUCUGUAUAUACACACACACACAUACACACACACACACACACACACACAUAUGUGCGCACACACACUCUCUCUCCAUUACUGAAUGACUGACUGUAAACCUCACCACACAGGGGGGUGCCCUGGCCCCGAGGUCACCCUGACUUUUUCUAAAUCCUGUUUGAGUGAAGUCAUUUUUCAUGUGUUCAUACUAUCAUCGUAGCUGUGAAGUUCUGGUACAGUUGUAAAAAGAGAAAUCGAGUUGUUUCUAUGUGUCCUUCAGAUCCACAGCCCACAAUUUUUUGGGAAGGAUGAACCUUAAGAACCCGGGUCUCAGUCUGUAGAGACCUGUUUCUAAUUGUGGUAGAAAAAAUUUGAGACAGAGCAUUUGCCAUGGGACAUUUACAGCCUUUAUACAAAUGUAUUUAGUUCUUUUUUUUUUUUCCAACAUAAAAUUCUUGUUUUAAGAUACAAGUAAAAUUAAUCUUUAAAUAUAAAUGUAAAUUAGUACACAAAACUAAGAAUCUUUAGACUUAUCUUUGUAACUAAUUAGGGUGGAAGUUAUGAAAGAAUGUAAUUCACUAAAUUAUUUUUUAAAUGAAACUUUCCUUUCUUUUUUGAAACCAAAUGUUAAAAUAUAGCCUUAAAUGCUUGGUAGAAAUAUUCUAAUGAGACAAAUUUGUACUUUUUUUUCCUCAAGGUUAAAACUAAUCUCUUAAUCCAUUAAACUCUUGAACAGGUAUUACAAAGGAAGAAAACUUCACCCCUUAUCCUUAACAUAUAUAGUAUAUUUAAGAAAUAUAAAAUUGUAUUGUACUAAUGUGAUGAUUAUUUAAUGAAAAAAAAAGAUGGCUCUUUUUGCAAUAAGUAGAUAAAUACUGAAAAUCUAAACGUACAAUGUUUAUAGUCUUGUGUGUGCAGUUAUAUUUUAUAUGGACAACCAAAUUUUUUAUAAAGAUGAGUAAAUGUUUGAACCACUGAAAUUUAAUAACAAAAAUUUUAAAUUGGCACGAAUACUGCACUGUGAGCUGCAAAAUCUAGAAAAUCCUGUGGCUGGGAGAAAUUUCAUCAACCAAACAAGUAAAAGGCUCAUCAGUUUUAGCAUCUCUGCUCCCCAGAAAACUUGCAAGCAUCCUCACCAGCCUGUGGAUAAAUUAUUUCUGGUGAACCAACAUGCAUAUUAACCUGCUGUAACUAUAUGUGUAUGUGUGUGUUUGUGUAUGCCUCUAUACACAUAUACAUGUGUAGUUAUUCAACACAUAUUUAUUGAACAUUUAGUGUCACUCAAUUUGCUAGGUGCUGAUAUGUAUGUAUAUCUCAAUCUGUGUCCAUAGAUCUAGCUAUAUUCUCACAGGACAUCCAUUUUCUCAACAUCUCUCAAUAAGUCAGAGUACUUGUUUGAGGUCUGAGAGGCCCAGCGCCCUCUGACUUUUUCAAACAGACUCAUUUGGGAGGUUCUCUUCCCAGGAGAAAUUCGACUUUCCGACCCAAAUAUUCCAAAGCAUUGCCCAGGCACAGCUGGUUUGAAGUGGCCAACAUGUCUUGGGUUAUUUUUCCAUAAGUGCUUCAUUGGGAAGGAGAGAGGGCAUACUCCCCAACUUCCCAGAGGAAAGUGACAUUUUUAUAUUUGCCAGGCAUAUGUUAACAUGGUGGAAUAAGUUCUGUAAGUCACGAACCUUAUUAAGACUUUUUCACUAAGCUGGAAAAUGAACACCCUGUUCUUUCACCUCCAAGUAACUUCCCCUCUUCCCUGUCCCACCACCUGCCCUGCUUGUGUAUUGAUUAGUGCCUGGUGGUCAUGAUCAUGAGGGUGUGGCUGGCUUGUGGCAGAGGGAAGGACAUUGGACCAAGCCUGACCUGUUCCAAACUCAUAUGCCACCGGUUCCUGGGAAGACCAGAGAAGAAAGUGCAGAAUGUUUCCCAUUUGGAACGCACAUCCCUCAUUCACACCAGUGGGAUGAGAUCUGUCUUCCCUCUGUAAAGAAACUAACAUUUAUUCUCUGAUUCUAAGUGGGCCUUGGAAGGAUUGGCCCCAGUUGUCCGUUCCAUCUGGUCUCCAGCCUAAGCAUUUAAGCUUCUUCCAUGGUCAUCAUACGUAAGGACUUCUCUUGGUCACCCCUCCCAGGGAUGCUUUUUUUGCUCCUGUCUCCUGCAUCUUUCCUCGAAGGAAACCCCACUCACCCAGGACCGGGACCCUACGGAGGGGUGUAAAUGACCUGCCAUGGCCAGAACCAUCCGAGAAUUCAGAGAGAGAGGCAUCAGAUUCACAUUCCCACCCAGGAAUGGGGUCUUUUGUGCUGCCAGGAGGGCUCCUGAGGGUUUACUUUUCAAAGCACAAACAGACCCCAGAAGAGCAGCUAGAGGGUGGUUCUGUUGGCUGCCGAGAAGGGCAGACCCCGGUCUGCUGAACUCACAGAGACAGGCUGGGCCCCUUAAUGCCACCCCGCCAAGUGCCCUCUUCCCCCAAAUGCCUUCGUGGUUGAGUUUGGGGCAUUUACAUGAACAUCCUUGAGGAUUGCUUUUUGCUCUCAAGACAUUUCUAAGAUCUUUAAAAUUUUACUUCUUGUCUUGUUCUUCUAAAACUUUCUCCAGGGCAGAUAUUUUCCCUAUCUUAACCACUGACCCAGUCACCCAAACACUUGGCCCUCUCUCCAUCUCUCUCAAAUUAGGUGCUGGGGUGGGAUUUGUGUAGUAACACCUAAUCCAGAUCUGUCUUUGGCCUUUCACCCUUAAUAGCAGAGUCUUCGCCCUUUAUAUGUAAAGCUUCCUAAACCAUAAAGAAGCCUUUCCACACCUCUGUCUUUACAGCUUUCUUUUGGGUACCAUCUAUCCUGGUGACCCUCUGCUACCAGGAUUGAGUCAGGGACAUCAUGUGCUUUUACUGGAGAAUUUGGAGGCUGAUUUACCACAGCUUAGACAGGGAGGCACUAAAGAACUAGACUCUGGUCUGUUGGCAUUUGUUUCCAUCUUAGCAGGAGACCUAAAAUUACAAUCAGGACUUUUUCAGAACAGGUAGAAUCCCAGAAGGCCUAAGCUAUGCCAAGCCAGGGUUUCUAAACCUCAACACCGGACAGUUUGGAACAGUUCCUUGUUGUGCGGGACUAUCCUGUGCAUUGUAGGAAGCUUAACAGUAUCCCUGGCCUCUUCCCCACCCUGCCUCAGCUGCCACAAUCCAGAAUGUCUCCAGACAUUGCCUGGUAUCCCAUGGAGCACAGCACUGCCCCCCAUUGAGAAGCACGGCCCUAGGUCUUACAGGUCACCAAUAGCAUAUUUGAGAUUUUCUGGUUUCCUUCCAUUUCACCCUUAGAAGAUUUGCUCUCCUGGGAGCCUUGUUUCAGGACAUUAAGAGGCAGGUAGGAAUAUUACUCAAAUGACAUCAUGUCCAGGUCUCUUCCAGUUCAGAGCUUCUAUUUCAGUGCAGAGUCUGUCUCGCUACAAAGUAUCCCUUCCUUCAUCCCUGGGGAAGUCGGGAGCAGCUGGUGGCCGUCGUGCGGAUAAUCCACUUGCACCUCUAUGUUAGGUGCAUUUGGAAUUUGAUCUUCAUGUUUUCGUGUACCAGCUUGAAAGGAAGUUCCGGCUAUUUUCAUGAUUCCUCAGAAGCUUAUGGGUCUCCUGAUCGAAGCUGUCAUCAUAUCAGUGAACUUCCUCUGGUCUUCUACAAUCUGCCCUACCUUCAGUGCCAUUGUUAGAAUUUAUGGAAGCCUUUGGAACACUUCUUUUCAUCUUUAGGGAUGGAGGAGAGAGGGACCAGUUCUGGAAGAGGGCUGAUAGGUUUUUUUUUUUUUUAAUUGAGCUACAAGAGGGCACAAUCUACCGUCUUUCAUUUAGCCGAUGAGAAAGUUGAGGCCCAGAGUGGAAGUGACCUGCUGAAAGUCACCCAGCUAGUUAAUGACAGAAUAAGGAUGAGGAGGCUCUGGGACCUUGUCACUUAAUCCUUGGCCUCUCCUGGUGGAGGUUGUUCCUCUCCGGUGCUCAAGGCUACCUGAUCCCUACAAAGGUGUGCACAAGCUCAGGUCAGAAGAGAGGGGGAAGAUUAAGAACCGUCCCCCUCAGCCAGAGUAAUAGCAUCCCCCCCCCCCCCC